AUGCCAGCUACUACGAAUGGCAGCGAGCACGGGCAUUACUCUGACCACUCUACCCUCGCUGAUGCUUCCGCUGAUAAUAAUAGCAAGGCUGUACCAGAGCUGUCACAAGUAUCAUAUAGGUUUGAAACUCCGGAAGAAGUGGAAGGACGUCGUCAGCGCGCCAUUGUCUCAAACCUCGACACUGAAGAGAGCGGCCUCAGACCACGAACACCUCCGCGUCGUCGUCCUCAAGUCACGAGUGCUGGUAGUAUCUCCCUCGAAAACUCUUCUAACACGAAUGCCUCGAGUUCAUUGGUAACAAUCUCUACAAUGAUGGACAAUCUUGGCGAUCCAGAUAUUUCUAGCAGCGGGCUGCAUCCAGGUAGACCAGAAAACCGCAGUGUCGCACUCGCCUCUCAGCCUACUAUCACCUCGCCUGACUUAGGUGAAGACAGCCGGCGGGCUGCACCACGACGUGAGGAUCGAUUCAAGGCUCUCAAUGCUCUUCCAGGUCGUAGGACAGACGCCCCGACUCACUAUGACAAUCUGGAUGAUAUUGGUGCACAGGGUCCAACAAGACCGGUGUCAGGUGUUGAACCUUCACGCCGCCCCAAAGAUCAUUUAGUUGGCUACAUGAGUGACAGGUUCGUUACUGACCUUCAGAACUACCAGCCGCCCCAGCGCGUAAAGCUGAAGAAUCGCAGGGCGAGGCGCCUUUUCUGCUUCUAG